CAGCCCGGCCGCAGCCGUCGCCGGCCCUGCCAUGUCCUGGGCUCCGCUCCUCGGCCUCCUGGCCGCGCUGCUGCUGCUGCUGCUGCUGACCCGCCGGCGCUCGCGGCGACCUGGCGAGCCUCCCCUGGACCUGGGCUGUAUCCCCUGGUUGGGCUAUGCCUUGGAGUUUGGAAAAGAUGCUGCCAGCUUCCUCACUAGGAUGAAGGAGAAGCAUGGUGAUAUCUUUACUGUGCUGGUGGGGGGCAGGUACGUCACCGUCCUCCUGGACCCGCACUCCUACGAAACGGUGGUCUGGGAGCCUCGCACCAGGCUGGACUUCCACGCCUACGCUGUCUUCCUCAUGGAGAGGAUUUUUGAUGUGCAGCUUCCGCAGUACAGCCCCAGUGACGAAAAGGCCAGGAUGAAACUGACUCUCCUCCACAGAGACCUCCAGGCGCUCACGGAAGCCAUGUAUACCAACCUCCUCACUGUCCUGCUGGGGGACACAGAGGCGGGCAGUGGCUGGCAUGAGAUGGGGCUCUUCGACUUCUCCUACAGCUUCCUACUCAGAGCCGGCUACCUGACUCUCUACGGAGUCGAGGCACUGCCACGCACCCCUCAGAGCCAGGCCCAGGACCGCGUCCACUCAGCCGACGUCUUCCACACCUUCCGCCAGCUCGACCUGCUGCUCCCCAAGCUGGCACGUGGCUCCCUGUCAGUGGGGGAUAAGGACCGGGCAUGCAAGGUCAAAGGUCACCUGUGGAAGCUGUUGUCCCCAGCCAGGCUGGCCGUCCGGGCGCACAGGAGCAGCUGGCUGGAGAGUUACCUGCUGCACCUGGAGGAGAUGGGCGCGUCGGAGGAGAUGCAGGCGCGGGCGCUGCUGCUGCAGCUCUGGGCCACGCAGGGGAAUAUGGGUCCUGCCGCCUUCUGGCUCCUGCUUUUCCUCCUCAAGAAUCCCGAGGCCCUGGCUGCCGUCCGUGGAGAGCUCGAGCAUGUCCUCUUGCAAGCGGAGCAGCCUAUCUCGCAGAUGACCACCCUCCCACAGAAGGUUUUAGACAGCAUGCCUGUGCUUGACAGCGUGCUGAGUGAGAGCCUCAGGCUCACGGCCGCGCCCUUCAUCACCCGCGAGGUCGUGGUGGACCUGGCCCUGCCCAUGGCAGACGGGCGGGAAUUCAACCUGCGACGUGGUGACCGCCUCCUCCUCUUUCCCUUCCUGAGUCCCCAGAGGGACCCGGAAAUCUACACAGACCCAGAGGUAUUUAAAUACAACCGAUUCCUGAACGCUGAUGGAACAGAGAAGAAAGACUUUUACAAGGACGGAAAGCGACUGAAGAACUACAGCAUGCCCUGGGGAGCGGGGCACAACCAGUGCCUGGGGAGGGCUUACGCCAGCAACAGCAUCAAACAGUUCGUGUUCCUCGUGCUUGCCCACUUUGACCUGGAGCUGCUCAGCCCCGAGGCGGAGAUCCCUGAGUUUGACCUCAGCAGGUACGGCUUCGGGCUGAUGCAGCCGGAACGCGACGUGCCCAUCCGUUACCGCAUCCGGCCGUGAGAUCCGGGGGUCCACGCGCUCGCCUCCACCCAGCCUGCCCCCCAUCGCCCAGCU